CGUGAAAAUGUUUUCAGUAUUAAACAUACUAAAAAUCUAUGUCUUCACUAUUCUUUUGUAAAUUUAGGUCAGCGUCGAUUCUAUCGAAGAACGUAUCUUGGCAUUUGAAGGUGAUGUACAAUCAGUUGAUAUUGUUGAUUUUUAA